CACCGGUGAAGAUUCUCCUCUUGAAAUUUGAAACUCGAAAAAAUUUAAUUUUAGAUAUGUUCAUCCUUUUACUCACAUUGCUCGGCGGGGGCGGUAGAACCGACGUCAUCUAGCGAAGAGAGAGUUUCGACCACCAGUGGAUAUUGACAAUUCUCCUAACUACACCCGAGUAAGGGGAGAGGAUAAUUUUAAUAUUUGGUUCUCCCCCCUGCUCCCAAGAGAAUUUCUUAAAGAUCAAGAAAGGGGUACUACUUGUAACUUGCGAUGGCUAAUCCAGAAUAUGAUGAAGAAGAAGAAUUAGAUUUAGAUUCCAUUGAAGAUGAACAAACUUUAAUUGAACUAUUGGAUGAAGCCGAAGAUUUCGAUGAACGAAAAAGGAUACGAGAUAGAUUAAUGAAAGUUCAACAUGAAAUUAAAGCGCAGAGGGAAAAGGAUCGUCGACGGAGGGAAGAAGAUCGAGAACAAGCAAUUCGCAACAAAGUAAAGGAGGCUGACAUGAAAAAGAAGAAGACACUAGAAAUGUACAGUGAAAUGGCAAAAGGCGGCACACCUGCUGGAAGGAAAGGCAGUUUAUCGGGUCCUCAAGACUCAACAGGUAAGCCUAAGGAUUUAGUAGAGGAGGCAAUUAAAGACCGUCUACAAGCAGCGGACAAUCGAAAGAAAAGAAUUUUAGCUGCCUACGACCAUGCUGCUAAGAGUCAACCGGCUGGACAAGCACGAAUUGUCGAAUUUGAUGCUUUUAGAAGCGCAGAUGUAUCUAAGUUGGAACCACCGAAACCAGUUAAAGGAAGUUGCUGUUUCAGUAUGGCAGGCGGAGUUCCGAAAGUGGAGAAGAUUGUUCCCGCAUCAGUACGAAAACCUCGUAUGCCAGUGGAUGAAUCUGAACUAGAUCCAAUGGAGAGAGCAAUAAGGGCUCGAGUCAGGGAAGCGGAAGAAAGAAAGAAGAGAACAUUAGCUGCCUAUGACAUGGCAGCCAGAACUGGUGGAGCAGGACCUAAAGUAGUCAUUUUACAGGAAUUCAGAGAUCUUAAAAUUGAUGAAGAACCUAGAAAACCACCAAGAUAUGAUCCCUGCUUUAGAGGAGGAUUAAAAACAUAGAAAAUUAAGUUUAAAAUAAAAGUAUAUUCUUUUUUUUCUCCUUGAACACUUGAGUAUGGUAUGUUAUAAAAACACUGAGUUUACAGGUUAGAUUGAACUUGUCAGAAAAUAUAAAUCUCUUUUACAAAAUUCUUUUACAUAAAUUUAUAUGUGCAACAUUUAAACUUUCCAUGUAUUUUCCUGUAGACAUAUUAUUUCAAUAAAUGUGUUCAAUUUGUAAUAAAUUA